AAAAGUGGGUGUGGCAGAGUGGUAUAUGACGCUUUUCAGAGAAAUUGUAUGACAGUAUGGAAGGAGGACAGGCAAAGAAAGAGAGAGAAGAGAAGAGAAAGGUAAAGGAAGAUGUCAAUACAACCAGUGGAGAAAGGACGGAAUGAGAGGUGCCAUUAAUGAAUACCAGGAGAUAUUUGAGAGAGGGCAAACACUACAUGUUCGCUUUUUUAGCAAGGGCUUGGAACAUUCCAAAGACCACUUUGCAUAGGUGCAUUAGUGGCAAAGUUGCUGGCUCUGGUUAUGUAUCUGGGAAGAAGCAGUACCUGCCAGACAUCAGAAUCCAGACAUCAGCAUCAGGACACCAGAGGCCGAGCAGCAGGGCUGAACCCUGGUGUGGUAGGAAAGUGGUUUCAACAGUAUAAAGACCUGCUGGAGGAACUUGCAAUCAGAGAUGUUCCAUCACAUCUUUGGAAUUGCGAUGUAUUUGGCCUGCAAGACCGGUUUUGCUCUACCUGUGUGGUUGGGGAGCCAUGGCCAAGGUGAAGGAGAUCUUCACCAAGGCAUGGAAUGGAGAGUACAGACUCCUUAAGAAUAGCUUGUGUUGGGAGGAACCAGAUCUGCAGUGCAAAAAUGGGAGCUGGAUUUACAUCCUGCCUCUCUUGGAGGAUGACAUGCCUUCAUACAUCCUCUACAGGCUGGGCAGCACCAAUAAUCAGGGCUAUGAGUGGAUCUUCCUAGCAUGGUUCCCGGAUCGUUCUGCCGGUGUGAUGGUUGGUAUGGGACAGAAGGACAGCACGUUGGUGACGAGGCUCAGAGCAAAAGAGCUAUCCUGACCCUGAAGUACCCCAUUCAGCACGGUAUUGUCAACAACUGGGAUGACAUGGGGAAGAUCUGGCAUCAUAACUUCUACAACGAGCUACGCUUUGCCCCUGAGGAGCACCCCGUCCUGCUUACUGAGGCUCCCCAGAACCCCAAAGCCAACAGAGAAAAGAUGACCCAGAUCAUGUUCGAGACGUUCAACACCCCAGCCAUGUACGCUGUCCGGGAAGUUCUGUCCCUGUAUGCCUCCGGUCGUACCACUGGUAUUGUAAUGGACUCUGGUGAUGGUGUGACCCACACUGUGCCCAUCUACGAAGAUUAUGGCCUUCACCAUGCCAUCCUCAGUCUGGACCUGAAUGGCCCUGACCUGACUGACUACCUCAUGAAGAUCCUGACCGAGAGAGGCUACGGCUUCACUACCACAGCCGAGAAAGUAAUUGUUCGUGACAUCAAGGAGAAGCUUUGCUACGUUGCCCUUGACUUCGAGCAGGAGAUGGGCACUGCUGCCUCUUCCUCCUCUCUGGAGAAGAGCUACGAGCUGCCUGACGGACGGGUCGUAACCACUGGAAACGAGAGGUUUGGGUGCCCCGAGGUUCUAUUUCAGCUAUCUUUCCUGGGUAUGGAGUCCUGUGGAAUCCAUGAAACCACCUUCAACUCCAUCGUGAAGUGCGACGUGGAUAUCCGUAAGGAUCUGUAUGCCUUCACUGUACUGUCCGGUGGUACCACCAUGUACUCUGACAUUGCAGACAGGAUGCAGAAGGAAAUCACAUCCCUGGCCCCUAACAAUGAAAAUUAAGAUCAUUGCCCCAUCUGAUUGCAUCAUCUUCUAGCAGAUGUGGAUCAGCAAGCAGGAGUACGAUGAGUCUGGACCCUCCAUCCUCCACCGCAAAUGCUUCUAAG